AAUAAUGACUUUUCUUUGUGUUUUCUUUGUGUUUGCCGCCAAUUGUUGGAUAGUUAAAAGAGCACAUGUUAGUUUUUCCAGCAGAAUUAUUGAUUUGUAUACCUCCUGGGGGGAGUUAACAUACCAUUUCGCUACCCCGAAAAUUGUCUUUCCACGUGUCCUCAAAACACACGCUAUCUGAUAAAGGCUCUGAAAGGUCAAGGUCUGAAUUUCUGUUUUCCCAUAUCCAUCAGACUUCUGGAGCAGAACCCAACAGCGGAACUUGGUGUUUAAGGACAUUUGAACUGCUGCAAAAUCAAGAACAAAUCGAAAAUAGACUUUUUUCCAAGUAAUUCUAUCCACUGAAGCUGGAAGACGACAGUUGCUUUAUUUCUGCUUCAUUUUUAAACAGCAAGGAAACGAAAUGAGAGGCAUUAAUUUGAAGAAAACCCUCAUAUACAUUGUCGCCUUUAUGAUGUUUUCUUUGGCCUUAACAGACGCACAGAUCAGUUCGGCGACCUUCAAUAUGCCGGACACCGUUGACGGCGCAGUAAACAUAAACGUCACACUCAAUGGAUCUGUUUUGGAUAGGUUCAACGUCCGCUCCAAACUCGAAUGUUUUUCAUAUUGCUUAUUAAAUGCACAAUGUGUGUCGGUAAACGUCGGACUGGUGGAAGAGUCCUGGAUUUGCGAGAUGAACAGUGCGGAGGCAGUGAGUGCUAACCUUAUGUAUAAAGAAGGUUACAAUAUAUUUCUGAAGAAUUUACCUUCGGCUGCAGCAUCAACGUGUCCUGUUGACUUCAGCGAGUUCGCUGGCCAUUGCUACUAUUUCCAAAACUCUGACACAAUGGACUGGCCAGUGGCGAAGACCGCUUGUGAGGGCAUGGGAGCCUAUUUGGCGGAAGUGACGUCAGCGGAGGAAAACGCGUUCAUUGCAAACCUGAUGGCAAAUAUAGGAUCCACGCAUUCGUACGCCUGGAUAGGGGGCGAGACAAUCGCAGCAAGCACGCGCCAGUGGGCCCACAGUGGUCUGAGCAUUACUCAGCCCAACUUUGUCACGUUUAGUGACUGGUCCGCCUUUGAGCCCUACGUCCUUAUGUAUACUAGCAACGGGAACUGGGCCGACUGUGACUCGAGGUGUGCCUCCAGCUCAACGUAUGUCUGUGAAAUGGAUUUGUAAUUUGGUCAUGAACAGAGUAAGAUUCAGGGAAAAGAACCGAAGAUUCAUUAUGUUUAUGUUUCCAUCAAUCGGAGCUAUAACGUUUAAUAUUGUGCAAUGACAAAUGGCAGAGUUCUGAGUAUAACUUAAUGUAUGCAAUUAGCCUGUAGAAAAACUUAUAAUUAGCUGCGAUCACAAACUUAAGUAAAGUAUUUUCACUGCGAUCUUUUUCACAAUUUUAAUGUCGUCAGAUUUUGAGUUUUGUGUUUAUAUUGUAACUUUUGUGUAAAAAAACUAUUGUCAAUUUGUCAA